AUGGCCGCUUCUGCUGUACUCACGGAUGAUCUUCUUACAAAUAUCGAUAGUCAACAGCUUGAAAUUUUCUGUAUUAUCUGGCUAGAUGACAAUGCACAAGUCGGUAAUAAUCGAGAAACAGAACAAGGUCUGCGUUCGAUUAUUAAUCGUCUCAGGAGAUUUAAAGAUGUAGACCGAUGUGAAAAAUAUAUUAAUGAACAAAUGCCAGAAGACCGACUAAUACUUAUUGUUAGCGGUCAAUUAGGACGAAAGAUUGUUCCUACGAUUCACACAGUUCGACAAGUUAUAUCAAUUUAUGUGUACUGCAUGGAUGAGGCAAGUAACAGAGAAUGGUCUAAGAAAUAUCCAAAGGUAACAGUAUUUAAAAUGCUGUCAGUUUUAUUUUAUGCUUGUUUUUCUCUUGAACAGGUCAAAGCUGUUGUUACUGAACUCGAUAAACUCGUUUCUCGAAUUAAAAGCGACCAUAAAGUCCAACAAAUUAUUGAACAACCAUUAUCAAUUAAUAUUUUUACCUCAGGCAAAUCAACAGGCGAUGUAGAUGGUAAAUUUGUUUUCUCUCAAGUUCUUAUCGAUUGUCUUCUACGACUUAAAUCGAACCAAGACGAUACAAAUGAACUUAUUAAAUAUUGUAAAAAAGUAUAUGAAGGUAAUAAAGUCGAAUUGAGUAAUAUUCGUGAAUUUCAAAAAGAAUAUUCACUUGACAAAGCUGUAUGGUGGUACACACGAGAUACAUUCUUUUUCAAAACUCUUAAUGCUGUGCUACGUACAGAAAAUAUUCAUAUGAUAUUUUUAUUUCGUGCAUAUAUCGCCGAUAUUCAGCGUCAAUUGAAAACUCAUCAACUUAAGGAAUCUCUACGUGUUUAUCGCGGACAAUUAGUAUCAAAUGAUGAGUUGAAAACUUUACAAAAAUCUUGUGGACAGUUUAUUUCCGUAAAUUCAUUCUUUUCUACCAGCACAGAAGUUGAACAAGCUCGUUUUUUUCUCAACGCUGCUGAUAAACCCGAGAAUUUGGAACGAGCAUUGUUUGAAAUAGUUGCUGAUCCUAAAUCAACUACUACGAAACCAUUCGCUAACAUUAGUUCGUUAAGUGAAUUUGAAGAUGAAUCAGAAAUACUCUUCAUGAUAGGUUCGAUUUUUCGUUUGAACAGCGUCAAUCGCAGCAGUGAUGGUAAAAUAUGGAUUAUUCGAAUGAUAUUGUGCAGUGAGAAUGAUAGUGAUUUAAAAACUGUUCUCGUGCAUAUGAAAAAGCAACUUGGUAGUGGUGAAACAAAUCUUCGAACAUUAGGAAGAGUAUUAUGGAAAAUGGGAAAACUUGGUUUAGCUGAGUUCUAUUUGAAUCGUUUAUUGAAUGACCUUCCACCCAAACAUCCUUUACUUGGCGAUUUAUAUGAAGAUCUUGGAGAAAUCGCAGCACUCGCCGGUGACUAUGACAAAAGCGUUCAGUAUCAACAAAAAUCAUUGGAAUACAAAGGUCCAAGAGAAUUAAUUGAUAAAAUCCAUACGGAUGACGGUCGUAAGCAGGCUGAACAACCCAUUCCGUCUACUACCUUCACUGAAAAGACGAAACAGAUACAAAAUGGUGUGCGUAUUGCUGGAGGAUAUGGAUCGGGAAAUGAAUUAAAUCAGUUGAACAGUCCUCAUGGUAUGUAUAUUGAUGACGACGAUCAAAGUAUUUAUGUCGCUGACUGGGGAAAUCAUCGUAUUGUUAAAUGGAAAUAUAAUGCAAAGAAUGGUGAAGUUGUUGCGGGUGGAAAUGGAAACGGAAAUCGUAUGGAUCAGUUGAGUUUUCCAACAGAUGUGAUUGUUGACAAGAAGAAUGAUUCUCUUAUAAUUUGUGAUUGGGGAAACAGACGUGUGGUAAGAUGGCCUCGUCGAAAUGGUACAAAUGUACUAACUAUUGUCUCGAACAUUCGAUGUUCUCAUCUAGCAAUGGAUAAUGAUGGAUAUCUGUAUGUCUCUGAUAUUGAGAAGAAUGAAGUGAAACGAUGGAAAAAAGGGCAGAAAGAUGGAACAAUCAUAGCUGGUGGAAAUGGAAAAGGAUGUCAGCUCAAUCAAUUGAAUAAUCCUACUUAUAUCUUUGUUGAUCAAGAUUAUGCAAUCUAUAUAUCAGAUGAGAACAAUCAUCGUGUGAUGAAAUGGAUGAAAGAUAGCAAAGAAGGAAUUGUAGUCGCCGGUGGACAAGGUGAAGGAAACAGUCUCACGCAACUGUCUCGUCCUGCAGGGGUGAUCGUUGAUCAAUUGGGUCGUCUCUAUGUGAGUGAUUGUUGGAAUCAUCGAAUAAUGCGUUGUUCAAAAGAAUCUAAAGAUGGUUCUAUUGUUGUUGCUGGAAAUGGAAAAGGAGAACAACCAAAUGAACUUAAUAGUCCCAAAGGUUUAUCGAUCGAUCGGCAAGGUAACCUCUGUGUUCUUGAUCAAGGCAAUCAUCGAGUACAAACAUUCUAUGUUGAUUCAAACCGAAAUUGA